AUGAAGCUCGCCUACGUCCUCCUCGCCAUGCUGGCCAUCAGUGCCGUUGCCAACGCCCGCACCCUGCAGUCUGACGACGAGGAGUGGAAGGAGUCCCUGCACAAUGCCACCCAGACGGCCAUCACUGACGCGCAGGCCAAGUGGGCAGUGGCGGUGAGCGGAGCACGCAAGCACAUGCAGGACACCAAGGCGGCAAUCGACGUGGCGAUCAGUGGCGCGCGCAACCAUUUCGAAGAGGCCAAGAAGAAGCUUGACGCCGAGAAGACAUUUGACAAGAUCGAGAAGGAGCUCGAGGACUUCUUCCACAAGGAGUCCCCGGAGGUAGCCCCUGCUGUGGCCCCCGUUGUGUCCCCCGUCGCGCCACCGGUGAACGUCAGCGGCAGCCGUGCUGUGCCCGUCAGUGGAGCGCGCGUCGCGCCCACCCCCCUUCCGGCCCCUGUCCCCGCCCCUCUGCCUUCCCCUGACACCCACAAGUGGGAGCUUCCCUCUAAGGAUGACCUGAUCGCCGCCCUCUCCGGUUAG